AAACUCUUUUCAGUAUCCCACUUACAGUCUCAAAUACAUGCUGCUAAUCUGUUACAGGUGAGUCAUGUGUGGGCUCCCAUUUCCGAAUUAUUGGACGACAAGUCUAUCAAGAAGCGUAGAGUGUAUGGAGACACUCGAGAAAUGAAAAAGGCUCAUUCACUCGAUAGCGACGAGCCGUACGAUAACCUCGGAGACGUCAUCAUUCCCAGUACAGACAAAGAAGGAUGGUGCCGUAAUAAGAAGUAUAUCGAGAAAACCGAUGGCGGUUUUAUGUGUAUGGUCUGCAAAAAGGUCUACGGCCGGUACAAUUCUGUCUCUUAUCACGUGACGAUUUAUCACCGAAACCCCCCGAUCAAGUGUGAUCUUCCUGGCUGUCAAUUCACGACAAGGGAAGCUCGUUACAUCCACUUCCACAAGUACUAUCGUCAUGGAAUCCCUCUCCCAGACAGCAUUGACCAAGGGUCUCGAAGAUGCCCUCAUUGCCGUCAUGUGUCAAAAAGUCCGGCAAUGUUGGAAAAGCACAUCAGAAGGCAUCAAAUUGUCGAAACGAGGUACGAAGUCUUUUUCACUUCUAUUGAAUACACCACUGCUGUAAGUAAUGCUGACAACAAAUCCAGGUCAGGCGUUUCGGAUGUUUACCGGCAGAUAUUUGUUUACUCAAUGAUAAGCACAUGUUUAAUAUCGACAUAUCAUUGA